AUGGUGCAAGUAUUCAAGAGUGAUUCUCAAGCAUACGGCCAACUAAUCAGAGUACUCUCAAUCGACGGCGGUGGAGUUCGAGGCAUAAUCCCGGGCGUAAUCCUUGGUUUUCUCGAAUCCGAGCUUCAGAAGCUCGACGGGCCCCAUGCUAGGAUUGCCGAUUAUUUUGACGUGGUUGCCGGAACAAGCAUCGGAGGCCUCGUCACCGCCAUGCUCAUGGCUCCCGACCCAGAAAACCGGCCAUUGUUCACCGCAAAAGAAGUUAAGGAUUUCUACAACAUUGCCCCAAGAUUUUCCCCCAAAGGAGAUAUAUACAUCGGGACUUCGGCUGCUCCGACUUAUCUACCCGCGCAUUACUUCGAAACCGAGGGCUCCUUCGGGAAAACGAGACAGUUCAACCUCAUUGAUGGUGGUGUUUUCGCUAAUAACCCGAACGAGAUGCAAACGAAGCAAAACAGCAGCCUCUUUGCGCACGAGCACGGCCAUUUCUUGGUUCCCUCGCUUGGGACCGGCUCGCCUAAGCAUUAUCACAAUCCUGCUGUGUUUCAGGCAUUACAUUAUCAAGAAAAUUACCUCAGCGUUCAUGGCGAUACGUUGACUGGAGUAGCAUCUUCGUUAGACGUGGCGAUUGAGAAGAAUUUGAGUCGACUCGUGAAAGUCGGGAAAUUUCUUGUGCCCUCUGGCCAGGGAACAAAUGAGGAGGCAUUGAUUUGGUUAGCAGGCAUACUUUCGAAGGAGAAACGGAUUCGAGAUGCGAAAUCGAGGAAUGUUCGUCAUGAAGGCAGAUGA